AUGAGCCCCCGCUACCUACAGAGCAACUCCAGCAGCCACACGCGACCCUUCAGUGCCAUCGCGGAGCUGCUAGAUAAUGCUGUAGAUCCAGAUGUGUCUGCCAGGACGGUCUUUAUAGAUGUUGAGGAGGUCAAGAAUAAAUCUUGUUUGACCUUUACUGAUGAUGGAUGUGGCAUGACACCACAUAAACUACACCGAAUGCUCAGCUUUGGCUUUACAGAUAAAGUAAUAAAGAAGAGCCAGUGUCCCAUCGGGGUCUUUGGUAAUGGUUUCAAGUCAGGCUCCAUGCGGCUAGGAAAGGACGCUCUUGUCUUCACCAAGAAUGGGGGUACUCUGACUGUUGGACUCCUGUCACAGACCUAUCUGGAAUGUGUCCAGGCCCAGGCAGUAAUUGUACCAAUUGUUCCAUUCAACCAGCAAAACAAAAAAAUGAUUAUUACUGAGGAUUCCUUGCCCAGCCUAGAAGCCAUCUUGAACUAUUCAAUUUUCAACAGUGAAAAUGACCUGCUGUCUCAGUUUGAUGCCAUCCCAGGCAAAAAAGGCACUCGUGUUCUCAUUUGGAACAUCCGCAGAAAUAAAGAUGGAAAGUCUGAGUUGGACUUUGAUACAGAUCAAUAUGACAUCCUGGUGUCAGACUUUGAUUCAGAAGAAAAAGAGACUGGUGGUGUUACCUCUGAGCUACCAGAAACAGAGUAUUCUUUACGGGCAUUUUGUAGUGUUCUAUACAUGAAGCCACGAAUGAAAAUUUUUCUGCGUCAAAAGAAGGUGACUACCCAGAUGAUUGCCAAGAGCCUGGCCAAUGUAGGAUAUGAUAUAUAUAAACCUACCUUCACAAAUAAGCAGGUGAGAAUCACGUUUGGUUUCUCUUGCAAGAAUAGUAACCAGUUUGGUGUAAUGAUGUAUCAUAACAACCGACUCAUAAAGUCCUUUGAGAAAGUGGGCUGCCAGGUGAAGCCAACUCGUGGAGAAGGUGUAGGAGUAAUUGGAGUCAUUGAGUGCAAUUUCCUAAAACCUGCCUACAACAAACAAGACUUUGAGUACACUAAGGAAUACCGGUUGACAAUAAAUGCCCUUGCCCAGAAGCUAAAUGCUUACUGGAAGGAAAAAACAUCUCAAGAGAAUUUUGACACCUCAGUUAUAGCCAGGCCAAUACCGAAGAUUCCUGAUCAGACAUGGGUACAGUGUGAUGAGUGUCUUAAAUGGAGGAAGCUUCCUGGCAAGGUUGAUCCAUCUACAUUGCCUACAAGAUGGUUUUGUUAUUAUAAUUCUCAUCCAAAGUACAGGAGAUGCUCUGUUCCAGAGGAACAAGAACUCAUUGAUGAAGACCUGCACUUGAGCAGAGCUAAGAAACAAGAUCAAACUAUUGAGAAGAAGAAUUUGCCUAUGGAAAAUGAGAACCACCAGGUAUCCUGUAGUCCACCAAAGAUCCCAACUGUUCAAGAUAUGGCUGGAUUGAAUAACAAAACUACUGGAUAUGAGGAGAUUGAUAACCCUAGCAUGCUUCCAUCUGUUGAAGAAGAAAACAGAUCACCUCUUCAACUUAAGCCUCUGGAUUCCAGUGUUUUUCAGUUUUCCAGCAAGUACAAAUGGAUCCUAGGUGAGGAACCUGUGGAGAAACGAAGAAGGCUCCAGAAUGAGAUGAUGACACCUCCUCUAGAUUAUUCCAUGCCUGGUCCUUACAGGAGGAUAGAGGCAGCUGUUGCUUAUCCAGAAGGGGAGAACAGCCAUGAUAAAUCCAGUUCUGAGAGAAGUACACCACCAUACCUUUUCCCAGAAUACCCAGAAGCAAGCAAGAAUACAAGUCAGAGUAGGGAAGCUUCAGUUCUUUAUCCAGGGGCUCAAGAUCAAUGCCAGGAGUCCCUGCCUCCUGAAGAAUUAGAAGAUCAGAUGCCAAGAUUAGUAGCAGAAGAAUCUAACAGAGGUAGCACAAGCAUAAACAAAGAAGAAGUAAACAAGGGACCUUUUGUAGCUGUUGUUGGUGUUGCCAAAGGUGUUAGAGAUUCAGGCGCUCCCAUUCAGCUGAUCCCUUUUAACAGAGAGGAGCUUGCUGAGAGACGAAAAGCAGUUGAAUCCUGGAACCCAGUGCCUUUUUCUUCUGUGGCCUCUGCUGCAAUCCCUGCUGCAGCCAUUGGGGAGAAAGGAAAAGCCUGUGAGGAGAAUAAUACACCAAAGAUGAAGAACCAGAGAGAGCUGGAAGAAUUGAAGAGAACCACUGAAAAAUUGGAACGAGUUUUGGCUGAAAGGAAUUUGUUCCAGCAAAAGGUGGAGGAGCUGGAACAGGAGAGGAAUCACUGGCAUUCUGAAUUCAAGAAAGUCCAACAUGAAUUGGUCACCUACAGUACCCAGGAGACAGAAGGCUUGUAUUGGAGCAAGAAACACAUGGGUUAUCGCCAAGCCGAAUUCCAGAUUCUGAAAGCUGAGCUGGAAAGAACCAAAGAGGAAAAGCAAGAAUUAAAAGAGAAACUGAAGGAGACAGAGACACACCUGGAAGUGCUGCAGAAGGCUCAGGGCUUUGGCAAAGCUUACGCGACUGCGUAUCCACGUCAGCUAUCUUCUUACUUCUGUCCUCCCUCACUUGGAGCUUCGUGAGAUCGGGUAUGACUCAGAACAAGUGGAUGGGAUCCUGUACACAGUGCUGGAGGCAAAUCACAUAUUGGAUUGAGCACCAGACUCUGUAUACUUCUUCUGCCAUUCUCUACCCUUCUUUUCUACCCUUCUCUUCUCCUCUCCUCUCUUUUUUCCUCUCUUCUCCCUCCCCUCCUCUUCCCUUCCCUCUCUC